CUGGCUCCCGGUACCGGGAUACCAAAGCGUCGUCUGCUUGAAAAGAUAUCGAAUUAAAUUUGAAAAUUUAAAAUGGACUCCCAGAGCUACUUUGGUUUAGUUGACUACAUAGUCUUUGCUGCAGUACUAGCCUUUUCCUCAGCAAUUGGCAUUUACUUCAGAUUUACGGGAGGGAAGCAAAAGACCUUUAAGGAAUAUAUGCUUGCUGACAACAGUAUGCCAAUGCUGCCUGUUGCUUUUUCACUUAUGGCCUCCUUCAUGUCAGCUAUCACAAUACUGGGAGUGUCAAAGGAGAAUUAUAUGUUUGGUACACAAUUUAUAGUUAUCAAUAUAUCAUACAUCAUCUCAACUCCUAUUGUGUGCUACUUCUAUCUGCCGGUCUUCUUCAGGCUACAGAACACCAGUGUUUAUGAGUACUUGGAACGAAGAUUUGGUCUCCUCACUCGAACAACUGCUUCUCUAGCCUUUAGCCUACAAAUGACUCUUUAUAUGGGCAUUGUUCUUUAUGCCCCAGCCUUAGCCCUCUCAGCAGUUACAGGAAUAUCUCUUCAGUGGUCCAUCAUAGCUGUAGGAUUAGUUUGUACUUUCUACUCCACAUUGGGUGGAAUGAAGGCUGUGCUGGUAACUGAUGUCUUCCAGUCGUUACUGAUGUUUGCUGCCGUCUUUGCUGUGAUUACUCGGGGUGUAAAAGAUCAUGGUGUUUCUAAUAUUUUCAAGAUUGCCAAAGAAGGUGAAAGACUAGAGUUCUUCAACGUCUCACCAGAUCCACGUGAAAGGCACACAAUUUGGAGCCUUGGUAUUGGUGGUAUCUUCACAUACUGUUCUUUGUAUGGUGUUAACCAGGCACAGGUCCAAAGGCUUCUUACCAUUAAAGACCUUCGAAGAGCACAGGGAUCAUUAUGGAUCCAAUGGCCAAUAUUAACUCUCCUCAGCUUGUCCACAUCUUUUGCUGGUCUGGUGCUGUAUGCUCAGUAUCACCUUUGUGACCCUAUAAAGAGUGGUCGCAUAUCAAACUCAGACCAGUUGCUGCCUCUCUAUGUAGUUGAGACUAUGGUGAUCCCAGGACUGUCAGGACUAUUUGUGUCAGGAAUUUUCAGUGGAUCCCUGUCAACCGUUUCUUCUGCUUUGAAUUCUUUAGCAGCUGUCACAGUGCAAGACUACAUCCUGCCGUUUGCCCCAAGCAGUCUUGGCAUUGGAGAAAAACAAGCCACAAAGAUCAGUAAAGUUCUGGCUUGUGUUUAUGGUGGUGUGUGUAUGACCAUAGCUUUUUCAGCAAAAUUACUGGGUACUGGUAUCCUCCAGGCUUCCUUAACUAUCUUUGGUGCAGUUGGGGGACCUUUGCUCUCCCUUUUUACUCUGGGGAUGUUGUGUAAAUGUGCAAAUCAGAAGGGUGCAAUGUCAGGUCUUCUUAUUGGCCUUGUGUUCACCCUAUGGAUUGGCUUUGGAAGGCCAAAACCGCCACCUCCUUUCAAGCCAGUCUCCGUGGAAGGUUGUCCUGCAGACAACACAACUCUUAUCACAAGCAGAAGCCUUGGUGAAGAGGCUGUCUUGGGGAAUAUGACCUUGACUGAAAUUACAGUUGAUGUGGCAAAUAUGACACAAGCUGUUGAUAGUGCUGAAGUUGUGGAGAGCACCUCUUUCCUCCAUGAGAUCUAUGCAGUGUCAUACAUGUGGAUAGCAGCUAUAGGCUUCCUGAUAACAUUGCUAGUGGGUGUGAUAGUGAGCAGGCUUACAGGAGGAAAUGAGAUUCUGGACCAUGAUCUUUUCGCAACUUGGGUACGCCUGCCGCCCCCUUCAGCUGCUCUAGAGGAGGAUAUUUGCUCAGACAAGGUGGGCAAAUUGGAAGCCAAUGCUUGCUCAAAGUUGAUCUACCUGAUAAUGCUGAGGUUCCACAAGUGUCUUCUUCAGCAAAGCUCACACCUGAGAGCACGAAGUUAUAGUCUCAUAUAUCUUGUUUUUUUCUUAGUUUUGGUUGUAACUGAGGUAUGGGAUUUGCUAAUCAACACUGCGGGCAUUGUUCUGGCAGACUUCACCUUGAUUGCCUACCAGAACACAUAUGCCUUAGAAGCAAACGCAGUCAUAGGGAAGUCACCGGCGUGGCACAAACCACGUUUGCAGUACUUGGAACGAAGAUUUGGUCUCCUCACUCGAACAACUGCUUCUCUAGCCUUUAGCCUACAAAUGACUCUUUAUAUGGGCAUUGUUCUUUAUGCCCCAGCCUUAGCCCUCUCAGCAGUUACAGGAAUAUCUCUUCAGUGGUCCAUCAUAGCUGUAGGAUUAGUUUGUACUUUCUACUCCACAUUGGGUGGAAUGAAGGCUGUGCUGGUAACUGAUGUCUUCCAGUCGUUACUGAUGUUUGCUGCCGUCUUUGCUGUGAUUACUCGGGGUGUAAAAGAUCAUGGUGUUUCUAAUAUUUUCAAGAUUGCCAAAGAAGGUGAAAGACUAGAGUUCUUCAACGUCUCACCAGAUCCACGUGAAAGGCACACAAUUUGGAGCCUUGGUAUUGGUGGUAUCUUCACAUACUGUUCUUUGUAUGGUGUUAACCAGGCACAGGUCCAAAGGCUUCUUACCAUUAAAGACCUUCGAAGAGCACAGGGAUCAUUAUGGAUCCAAUGGCCAAUAUUAACUCUCCUCAGCUUGUCCACAUCUUUUGCUGGUCUGGUGCUGUAUGCUCAGUAUCACCUUUGUGACCCUAUGAAGAGUGGUCGCAUAUCAAACUCAGACCAGUUGCUGCCUCUCUAUGUAGUUGAGACUAUGGGGAUGAUCCCAGGACUGUCAGGACUAUUUGUGUCAGGAAUUUUCAGUGGAUCCCUGUCAACCGUUUCUUCUGCUUUGAAUUCUUUAGCAGCUGUCACAGUGCAAGACUACAUCCUGCCGUUUGCCCCAAGCAGUCUUGGCAUUGGAGAAAAACAAGCCACAAAGAUCAGUAAAGUUCUGGCUUGUGUUUAUGGUGGUGUGUGUAUGACCAUAGCUUUUUCAGCAAAAUUACUGGGUACUGGUAUCCUCCAGGCUUCCUUAACUAUCUUUGGUGCAGUUGGGGGACCUUUGCUCUCCCUUUUUACUCUGGGGAUGUUGUGUAAAUGUGCAAAUCAGAAGGGUGCAAUGUCAGGUCUUCUUAUUGGCCUUGUGUUCACCCUAUGGAUUGGCUUUGGAAGGCCAAAACCGCCACCUCCUUUCAAGCCAGUCUCCGUGGAAGGCUGUCCUGCUGACAACACAACUCUUAUCACAAGCAGAAGCCUUGGUGAAGAGGCUGUCUUGGGGAAUAUGACCUUGACUGAAAUUACAGUUGAUGUGGCAAAUAUGACACAAGCUGUUGAUAGUGCUGAAGUUGUGGAGAGCACCUCUUUCCUCCAUGAGAUCUAUGCAGUGUCAUACAUGUGGAUAGCAGCUAUAGGCUUCCUGAUAACAUUGCUAGUGGGUGUGAUAGUGAGCAGGCUUACAGGAGGAAAUGAGAUUCUGGACCAUGAUCUUUUCGCAACUUGGGUACGCUUGCCGCCCCCUUCAGCUGCUCUAGAGGAGGAUAUUUGCUCAGACAAGGUUGAUCUACCUAAUAAUGCUGAGGUUCCACAAGUGUCUUCUUCAGCAAAGCUCACACCUGAGAGCACAAAGUUAUAGUCUCAUAUAUCUUGUUUUUUUCUUAGUUUUGGUUGUAACUGAGGUAUGGGAUUUGCUAAGUUGGUUUUGUAUUUUAAAUUUGUAUAUUAUGUGAUAGGUUUUAUUUUUUCUUAGAUUUUUAGUUAUAUAUAAAUUACAGUUAUGUAUUACUUUUAUAUCAAAGGUGCAAUAUCCUAUCAUAGCACUUUCAUUCAUAUUGUUAUGGUGUUGUCUACAAUAGUACAAAUUUGGUCUCAUUCAUUGUUUUAUUGAUUUUUGAGAGUUCAUAGCUGAACAUUGUGCCUAUAAUUUGCAAGCACUGUUAUGGUAAUAAUUUCUAUUCUACUGUAUAGAAAAUGAAAAGAAAGACUGAAUAUGUGAAUGAAGUCACACACAUUUGAUGAAAAAAUUGCCAGAAAGUUUCACGAAAGUAUGUGAUGUUGCUUUGUAGAUAUCUAAAUUUGUAGUUAUAUUUUGAUAAUAGAUAUAUUUAAACAAGUACAUCAAAUUACAGCAAUCAAAGGUGCCUGGUUAUGGAAAUCUCAGAGACUUCUAUUCAUUGACUUCACUUAAUGUUGAAUGUACUAUCAAAGUGUUUAAAUAUGCAUGAAGGUUACCCAUUUGAAUGUAUUGAGUGGUUACCAGUAUUUUAGAGAUGUAUACUAGUAAAAUGUGAAUUUGAAGAUAUCAGUUUGUCCAAAAUGUGAAAAAAGAGUGCUAAAAAAAAUCCUGUUAUCCAGUGUUGUCUUUUAGAAGUGCAGAAGCACAUAUUUUGCCUUUCCAGUGGAGUUUUCGAUGGGUCACGAAAGCCAGUAUCAUAUAUUUUCAUUCCUGUAUUUUUUUUUUUUUAGAUAUUCAUUUUUUUUUCUCAUCUUUAACUUCUUGACCUGUAUUUUCAGCUCCUUUACUAAUGAAAUCAUAACCUUCAUUAUCAUAUUCACCAUCCAUCCAAAAUUUGCUAUUCCAAUGCCUUGAAAAGUCUUCCAUUUUAAUGUAAGAUAUAGUUAGUCUGCAAGUCUCCCAUAUUUUAUGGUGAAGAAUUUGACUACAUUUCUCUUGUGCAGUUGAAUCGAAGCUCUGCUUAUCUGUGCUUGUGCUUUAUUAUUUUUAACUUGUUUGUGGAGAGGAGUUUAUAUUGGUAAAUGUUAAUUCAUGUUGUGAAAAGUAAACAUGGUAAAUCUGUAAUUAUUUCAAAUAGCUGGAAGAAAAGAUGAAGAGUUUAUUUGAUUUGUAACUCUGGUAGGUAGUUAUCUAUUUUUGUUUAUUUUAGUAACUUGGUGGGUAAUUUUGUCAAAACACUUCCAGGUGCAUGUGAGUUCAGUAUGAAUAAGUAAUUUGCAUACUAAAAGAAAAAGAGAGGCUACAGGGUCUGUAAUUUUUAGCAGCUUUGAUUAUUUGCUAAAUACUUCUGAGCUAUGACUGUGGAGAGCUGCUUGGUAGAUUUUUGUUUCAUUUGUUUUCAGUUACAAAAAGACUACCUGCAAUUAAUGACUAAAUAUGGCAUUCUGCAUA